UCAAAUCUUCACUGUGCUUUGGCUCCUCCAUAUCCGACUUCCAGAGCUCACCAAUUCCUGACAUUCAGUCAGCGGUACCUGCAACCCUGUAUAAUCAAACCAUGGCGACCAACUACGACUACGAUGACUUAAUGGUGGACCAGCGUCAAGACCAGGGCUACGACCCGAACUUCUCCCCGGACCCAGUGAAAUCGUUCGUUGUACACCUCUACCGCCACAUCCGGGAGAAGAAUGUCUACGAGAUCCACCAGAUGUACGAGACGUCGUUCCAGACCCUCUCCGAGCGCUACUUCAAGGACGCUCCCUGGCCCUCCGUCGAUGCCGUGGCCCACUUUGUGGACAACGACCAUGUCUUCUGCCUUCUCUACCGUGAAAUGUGGUUUCGUCACUUGUAUGCUCGGCUAUCCCCGACACUUCGCCAGCGGAUCGACAGCUGGGACAACUACUGCAGCCUAUUCCAGGUGGUUCUGCACGGGGUUGUGAAUAUGCAGUUGCCUAACCAGUGGCUUUGGGAUAUGGUUGAUGAGUUUGUCUACCAGUUUCAGUCCUUCUGUCAAUACAGGGCUAAGAUGAAGAACAAGACCGAGCAGGAAAUUGCCCUUUUGAAGCAGCAUGACCAGGCUUGGAACGUGUAUGGAGUGCUGAAUUUCUUGCAAGCACUCGUUGAAAAAUCUACAAUUAUUCAGAUUCUUGAGCAGGAGAAAGAGGGCCGUGAACAGUUUACUGCCACUGAUGGGUAUGAUUAUGAUGGUGGGAGUAAUGUCUUGAAGGUGUUGGGAUAUUUUAGCAUGGUGGGUUUGCUGAGGGUUCAUUGUCUUUUGGGUGACUAUCAUACGGGUCUGAAGCGCUUACAACCCAUUGACAUCACUCAACAAGGUGUUUAUACCAGUGUUAUAGGAAGCCACAUUACUACCAUAUAUCAUUAUGGGUUUGCCAAUCUUAUGCUGCGAAGGUAUGUCGAGGCCAUUCAUGAAUUCAAUAAGAUUUUAUUAUACAUAUACAAGACCAAGCAGUAUCAUCAGAAGUCUACACAAUAUGAACAGAUACUCAAGAAGAAUGAACAGAUGUAUGCCUUACUGGCAAUUUGUCUCUCACUUUGCCCUCAGGUGAACCUUGUUGACGAGACUGUGAACUCUCAGUUGCGUGAGAAGUAUGGUGAGAAAAUGAUAAGAAUGCAAAGAUUUGACGACGAUGCAUUUGCUAUCUAUGAUGAACUCUUCUCGUACGCAUGCCCUAAGUUCAUUACCCCCUCUGCUCCAAGUUUUGAGGAGCCCCUUGUAAAUUACAAUCAGGAUGCCUACAGACUGCAGUUGAAGCUGUUUCUUUAUGAAGUUAAGCAGCAACAGUUGUUAUCAGGUGUUCGAACCUUUCUGAAAGUGUAUUCCUCCAUUUCUCUUGCAAAACUUGCAAAUUACAUGAACGUUGAUGAGCCCACCCUCAGGACUAUCUUGAUGACUUACAAGCACAAGACACAUGCUGUUGAUUCUGAGGGAAAGAUUAUCUCAAACGCUGAUAUGGAAUUCUACAUUGAUGAUGACAUGAUCUUUGUCGUGGAAUCCAAGCCAGUGAAGCUCUAUGGUGACUCCUUCUUGCGGCAAAUUUUGAAGCUUGAAGGGGUGAUUAACGACAUGGACCGGAUAAAGCUGGACUGAGAUGCCAUGACUUCAUAGAAAUUUUCCAGCCUGCUACUCUUGAGUAUUGCAGAAUUUUUGUCUAUUUAUGUGACACUUACCUCCCUUAUUUUUUUUUUUUUAUUAAGUGAAAGUGGUUAGGUUUGAAGUGUAUCGGCAGCCACCGCUUCAUUUUAUUAGAUAGUAGUAUUGUAAUGCGUUGCUCAUGCAGUCUGAAUAGGUCAAUCCUACCUUGAGCUGUUUCCAGCACGCUA